GCCGCCAUGUUGGGCCGGGCCGCGGAGGAGGAGGAGGAGGAGGAGGAAGGGCGGGGUCGGGAAGAUGGUGAGUUGGAAGAAGGUGAACUGGAAGAUGAUGGGGCAGAGGAGACCCAGGACACCCCUGGAGGCCCUGAGAGGAGCCGGAAAGAAAAAGGGGAGAAGCACCACAGCGAUUCUGACGAGGAAAAGUCUCACAGGAGGCUGAAACGGAAGCGGAAGAAAGAGCGCGAGAAAGAGAAGAGAAGAUCGAAAAAGAGGAGGAAAUCUAAGCACAAGCGCCACGCAUCUUCCAGCGAUGAUUUCUCCGACUUCUCCGAUGACUCAGAUUUCAGCCCCAGCGAGAAGGGGCACCGCAAGUACAGAGAGUACAGCCCCCCGUACGUGCCGUCCCACCAGCAGUACCCCCCGUCACACAGCACGUCCCUGCCCAAGAAGUCCUACUCUAAGAUGGACAGCAAAGGCUACAGCAUGUACGACGACUAUGAUAACGAGCAGUACGGGGAGUAUGAGGGCGACGAGGAAGAGGAUAUGGGCAAGGAGGACUACGACGACUUCACCAAAGAGCUGAACCAGUACCGGCGUGCCAAGGAGGGCAGCAGUCGGGGCCGAGGCAGUCGAGGCCGUGGCAGGGGCUACCGGGGCCGAGGAAGCCGCGGAGGGUCCCGGGGCCGAGGCAGGCACCCAGAAGACGAAGAUGACUUUUAUGAAGAUGAGAUGGAUUAUGGAGAAAGUGAGGAACCAAUGGGAGACGAGGAUUAUGACGACUAUUCCAAGGAGCUAAACCAGUACCGCCGGUCCAAGGAUAGCCGAGGACGAGGGUUAAAUCGAGGCCGUGGCCGGGGUUCCCGAGGCCGAGGCAAAGGGAUGGGCCGCAGCCGAGGUCGAGGUGGCAGCCGAGGAGGGAUGAGCAAGGGUAGGAUGAACGAUGAUGAAGACUUCUAUGAUGAUGACAUGGGCGAUGGCGGUGGAAGCUACCGGAGCCGUGACCAUGACAAGCCCCAUCAACAGUCUGACAAGAAAGGCAAAGUCAUCUGCAAAUACUUCGUGGAGGGGCGGUGCACAUGGGGAGACCACUGUAACUUCAGCCAUGACAUCGAGCUACCAAAGAAGCGAGAACUGUGCAAGUUUUACAUCACCGGGUUUUGUGCCAAAGCCGAGAACUGCCCCUACAUGCACGGCGAUUUUCCGUGUAAGUUAUACCACACGACUGGGAACUGCAUCAAUGGUGACGACUGCAUGUUUUCCCACGACCCUCUGACCGAGGAGACAAGAGAGCUCUUGGAUAAGAUGUUGGCUGACGAUGCGGAAGCAGGCGCCGAGGACGAGAAGGAAGUUGAGGAACUGAAGAAGCAGGGCAUCAACCCCCUGCCCAAACCACCCCCUGGUGUGGGCCUCCUGCCCACCCCCCCACAGAUGCCCAUGCCAGUGCACGAGCCGCUGUCCCCCCAGCAGCUGCAGCAGCAGCAGGACAUGUACAACAAGAAGAUCCCCUCCUUGUUUGAGAUUGUGGUACGGCCCACAGGACAGUUGGCUGAGAAGCUGGGUGUGAGGUUCCCUGGACCUGGAGGACCCCCCGGGCCAAUGGGCCCUGGGCCCAAUAUGGGACCCCCGGGGCCAAUGGGGGGCCCAAUGCAUCCCACCAACCUUUCGGACCUCCCCCCGGACAUGCAUCCUGACAUGCACCCGGACAUGCACCCCGACAUGCCGAUGGGCCCUGGCAUGAACCCUGGCCCGCCCAUGGGACCUGGUGGCCCCCCAAUGAUGCCUUAUGGCCCUGGAGACUCCCCACAUUCUGGAAUGAUGCCCCCCAUCCCACCAGCCCAGAACUUCUAUGAAAACUUUUACCAGCAGCAGGAAGGCAUGGAGAUGGAGCCGGGACUCAUGGGGGACGCAGAGGACUACGGGCACUACGAAGAGCUGCCGGGGGAGCCUGGGGAGCACCUCUUCCCCGAGCACCCUCUGGAGCCCGACAGCUUCUCUGAGGGAGGGCCCGCAGGCCGGCCGAAGCCGGGCGCCGGUGUCCCCGACUUCCUGCCCUCAGCCCAGAGGGCCCUGUACCUGAGGAUCCAGCAGAAGCAGCAGGAGGAGGAGGAGAGAGCGAGGAGGCUGGCUGAGAGCAGCAAGCAGGACCGGGAGAAUGAGGAAGGUGACACUGGAAACUGGUACUCAAGUGACGAGGACGACGGUGGGAGCAGCGUCACCUCCAUCCUUAAGACCCUGAGGCAGCAGACGUCCAACCGACCCCAGGCUUCUGUCGGGGAGCUGAGCAGCAGUGGGCUGGGGGAUCCCCGCCUCCAGAAGGGACACCCCACCGGAGGCCGGCUGGCUGACCCCCGCCUCAGCNNGGACCCCAGGCUCACCCGCCACACUGAGGCUUCCAGCGGGUCAGGCCCCGGAGACACGGGGCCCUCCGACCCUCAGCUGGCUCGCUCCCUGCCUGCCCCUAAGCCCGAAGGCGGCCUUCAUUCCAGCCCCGCGGGCCCCAGCGGCUCCAAGGGGUCUGGGCCACCCCCUGCAGAGGAGGAGGAAGGGGAGCGGGCCCUGCGGGAGAAGGCCGUGAACAUUCCCCUGGACCCCCUUCCCGGGCAACCGCUGCGGGACCCACGGUCGCGGCUGCAGCUGCAGCAGUUCAGCCACAUCAAGAAGGAUGUGACCCUGAGCAAGCCGAGGUUCGCCCGCACCGUGCUGUGGAACCCCGAGGACCUGAUGCCCCUGCCCAUCCCCAAGCAGGAUAUCGUGCCCCCUGUCCCUGCUGCCUUGCAGUCCAUGCCUGCCCUGGACCCCAGGCUGCAUCGGGCCUCCACUGUGGGUCCCUCCAACCCCCGACAGCACUCAGGCACCUCCACGGACCCCGGCCCAUCCGGCUCCAACCUGCCUGACUUCGAGCUCCUCUCUCGAAUCCUCAAGACUGUCAGUGCCACUGGCCCCUCUGCUGCCCCCGGCCCCAGCGACAAGCCCAGCGACCCCCGGGUGCGGAAGGCGCCCACUGACCCUCGGCUGCAGAAAUCAGCAGACUCUGCUGCCUCCUCCCGCGCUGCCAAGCCUGGCUCUGCCGAAGCGCCCUCUCCAGCUGCCAGCCCCAGUGGGGAGUCCUCUCCCCCAGCCACCGCCCCCUAUGACCCCCGAGUACUGGCGGCUGGUGGGCUGGGCCAGGGCAGUGGGAGCGGGCAGAGCAGCGUGCUGAGCGGCAUCAGUCUCUACGACCCCAGGACUCCCAAUGCAGGUGGUAAAGCUGCAGAGCCCGCUGCUGACGGGGCUGCCCAGCCCAAGGGCGCCGAGGGCAAUGGCAAGGGCUCGGCGGCCAAGGCCAAGGAGCCCCCGUUUGUCCGAAAGUCUGCCCUGGAACAGCCCGAACCAGGGAAGGCCGGUGCGGACGGGGGCUCCACCACAGCCACGGACAGAUACAACAGCUACAACCGGCCCCGGCCCAAGGCCCCUGCCACCCCCACCACCACCACCGACAACCUGCCAGUGCCCACCCUCUUCGGGACCGUGAAGCAGGCGCCUAAGACGGGCUCCAGUAGCCCGUUUGCUGGCAACAGCCCCGCCCGAGAGGGCGAGCAGGACGCGGGGUCCCUGAAGGAUGUUUUUAAAGGCUUUGACCCCACCGCCUCCCCCUUUUGCCAGUAGUGUGAGGUCGGGGCGGAGCUGUCCCUACACCUACCCUUCCUAGGGCAAUAUUUAAGUGCAGCAUCCAGAGUUGGGAACUUGGGGGGAGGGGGCGCCUGGGUAUUCUUUCUUUUCCCUCUUUUUCUUUUUUUCUUUUUCUCUAUGCUCUUUCUCGCUCUUGCCCCCCCCCCCUUUUUUUAAGUAAUACUUCCUUUUUAAAACAUAUAAAUUGUAUAUAACCUUCUUCAGUUCUCGUCAGUGCUGCAGGGCUCCGGGCUCCCGCCAAGAAAACCUACUUGUGCACAUGAACAGUUUGCAAGUCACCAGCUGGUGCUCUGCCUGGCCGGCCCAAUUUUCAGGGACUCCUUGAAGACUGGGGGCACAGGGGGUUUUCUGGACACAGCUUGGCCCCUCCUCCCCCCUCCUUGCAGGACAAAGUAGGUGUUGAGAAGGCCCUGAGCACUGCUUACGUGUUGCAUGAGGAGGCGAGAUGUAGCCGGGACCGAGGCAGGACCCGCUUAGGGGCCAGUGGGGGGCGAAAGAUUAUCCAGGAAAGGAAAGGAGCCCUGGGAGCCGCCCUGGAAGAGACAAAACCCCUUCCUGCCGCAUCGCAUCGCCUCUGGAUUCGCGCCUGGUCCCUUGCCAGCCUCAGCCCAGAGUUCACCCUGAGCCCGCACCUCAGGCCUCGACCGCAGACGCCAGGGUGAGAGGCUGGGGCAGGGCCCGUGCUGCUUCCGGGCGGCAGCGCUGCAGAUGGCAUUUUCCGUCAGUAUUAGCCCCUCCUGUCCUGUCCUGUCGGCCAUGCCCUUCUCCCCUCGUGCCGGGGGCUGUCCUCCUCAGAAGCCAGAGUGCCCAGUGCUGGCCCUGGUGCCCCUGGGGACGGCUCAAGGAUCCGUGGCAUGGCCGCCCACCAGGCCCCUGAGGAGGAGUCCUGGCUGGUUCUGGGCAGUGUUUCUGUCUCUGCUCCCUCUGCCCCUCUGCGCCAUAUCUGUGGGGCCGUGGUCUCAGUGUGUUUGGGUUUCUUCUAAGCAACAGGUGCACAAGUUCAGAGGCAUGUGGGUGUGGGGUUGGUGGGCACUCCCCUAAAAAGGGCCCGAGGGCAGGCUGGAGAGUAGCCAUGGGGGGGUGGGGGCGGGCUGCUGGGCCUCCCCCGGGAGAGGCACCAGGACCCCCCCUGCUGGUGAGGGUGUGGAACCCGAGACCCGAGUCCUGCUCCCCUGAUCAGCUGAGCCGGGAAGGGAGCAGACAUCUGCACCGGCUUCUCCCAGCACCUGGCUUCGGUCCAGCCCUGUCCACAGCUCCAGACGAGCCCCCAUGGACACGGCCUGGGGAAGCUGGGCAAGGCCUAUACCGCCAGGGGUCCCUCCCACCUGUGUUCGUCCUUGCCAGCUUCUGCCUCCUCGUCCCACUGCCUCAGCCACCUCGCUUAAGGCCCCUGUCUCUCCCUUGCUAAUAAUGAGGAAACCUGGUGACCCAGCCAAAGGGUUCCCCUCCCCGCACCUUGGGGUGGGAGGUGAACAAGGCUGCUAUACCAAACCCCUCUCCCCGGAAAAAAAAUAGUUGUGUUUGGGGCCAGAAGCGAAGGCCAGAGAGGCAGCCCCACAGGGUCAGUGCGCCGUGAUCAGGUUGGUUUGGUUUGUCUUUGUCUUUUUGUUUCGUUUUUUUACACAUUAGUGAUAUUUUUCUUCAGCCGCCAGUGUUGGCCUUGAGCAGAGGGCCGCAGCCCGUGGUGUUUGUACAAUAAGUAAGAGUACACAGUGUGGCUGUGGGUUUGUUUCCUUCUCUGAGGAUUUUCUUUUGUAAAAGCAAAUUAAAUAAUUUUUUAAAACAAAUUUGUGGAUGAAUUAGAAGCUGGAGCCCUCCUUGGAUAUUCAGCCUAAGAACCUCAUGGGACUAUGAAUUUACCCCAAAUUUUCAUUUGCCAUCAGGCCAAGCUUUUAAAAAAAAUUUGUUCUCUAACCAGGAUUGUAACAAAAGUGUAAAUACUAUUUCAGAAAGUUGAUGGUGCAAAUAUGUAUAUAACGUACUGUAUUUUUACAAUGAUCGUCGCAUGCCUCUAUUCCACCCCCUUUUUGUACUCUGUAUCUGUCUUCCAGAAACGUCACCUGCCCUUUCUCCUGUGGUCUCUUAACCCAAUAAUUGUAUUACUGCCAUUAAAGGAUGCAGUUAUUUUAAAAAGUC